CAAACUUUCCAACAGUCUGACACUUUCCACUCAAAUCUCAACGCACACCUCUCAUUCCCCACAGCCAAAGAAAACCACAAUUUCACCUAAAACGUCAUCGUUUUCUUCUUCUUCUUCCUCUCAUGGAUUCAAAACUCUGUUUCUAAUUCGGGAACAAAAGCAACAGUCUAUUUGUUUUACUCAAACUCCGAGCUCACCAUGUCGAAAGAGAGCUCAACUGUUCGAUUCCCGGCUCGAAACGUUUCGAAGAACUCACAAUCUGAACCGAACGAGAACGAGUUCGAAGCCUCGUCGAACCAAAUCCAUUUUCCUCCUCCUAGAACACCUCUAAACAGCAUAGCAGAUCCAGCUCAGCUGCAAAAGGAGCUUCACGAACUCGAUUUCGAUUCACAACCGAAGUUUGAAGCAAUUCGAUCUGGUCGGUAUUCUUUAUCGGAUAGAAAACUUGAAGCCCCGGACAGAGCUGGAAAUGGCGGUCUCAGCAAUGGAACUCCUAGGGUUUCAGGUCGCGGAGGGAAGGCGCACUCGGAGCCAAACUCAGCGCAAAGCACUCCGGCGAGGAACGGCUCGAGAGCUUCGAUUGGUGGAGCAAUUUGUACAGGAAGCAAAGCUCCGCAGUACAAUGGAGGCAGAGCAGGGAGUUGUUCUAGAAUCUCCCGGGAGAUUUCGGUGGUGAAUUCCGAGGUUUUAACUCAGGUUCCGCAUUUCGAGCUUGCCGAAGAUUCAUCGUUCUGGACUGAUCACAAUGUGCAGGUGCUGAUUCGAAUUCGGCCAUUGAGUAAUAUAGAGAGGGCUUCGCAAGGGCACGGUGGGUGUUUGAAGCAGGAAAGCGCCAAGACUUUGGUGUGGCAUGGUCAUCCUGAAACCAGAUUCACAUUUGAUCAUAUUGCAUGCGAGACGAUAUCACAGGAAAAGCUGUUUAAAGUUGCUGGGUUGCCCAUGGUGGAGAAUUGCUUGUCUGGUUAUAAUAGCUGCAUGUUUGCUUACGGUCAGACGGGCAGUGGCAAAACAUACACAAUGAUGGGUGAAAUAUAUGAGGUUGAAGGGCAGCUCAAUGAAGAUUGUGGGAUUACUCCACGCAUUUUUGAAUAUUUGUUUAACAGGAUCAGAGUGGAAGAGGAGAGCAGGAUGGAGGAAGAGUUGAAGUACAGCUGCAAAUGUUCCUUUCUUGAGAUUUACAAUGAGCAGAUAACGGAUCUCUUGGAGCCUUCAUCAACUAAUCUACAACUCAGGGAGGACCUGAAGAAAGGGGUAUAUGUUGAAAACCUUACAGAAUAUAAUGUGAGGGAUGUGAAUGAUGUUGUCAAGCUUCUGUUACAGGGUGCUUCAAACAGAAAAAUGGCGGCAACACACAUGAACAGUGAGAGCAGCCGGUCCCACAGUGUUUUCACUUGUAUCAUUGAAAGCCGUUGGGAAAAAGAUUCCAUGACCCAUUUUAGGUUUGCAAGGUUGAACUUAGUAGAUUUAGCUGGUUCGGAAAGGCAGAAAAGCUCUGGUGCAGAGGGAGAUCGUUUGAAAGAAGCAGCAAAUAUUAACAAAUCAUUAUCAACUCUUGGGUUGGUGAUAAUGUCUUUAGUUGAUUUAGCACACGGGAAACAUAGACAUGUUCCUUAUCGAGAUUCAAGACUUACGUUUCUGCUUCAGGAUUCUCUGGGUGGGAACUCAAAAACAACUAUAAUUGCCAAUGUCAGCCCAUCUAUUUGUUCUGCAAAUGAGACACUCAGCACUUUGAAGUUUGCCCAGCGUGCCAAACUUAUCCAGAACAAUGCUAAAGUGAAUGAAGAUGCUUCAGGUGACAUAACUGCACUUCAGCAACAAAUCCAACAGCUAAAGGGCCAGUUGUCCUUCCUAAUGAAGCACCAUAAUAUCUCAUGGUCUUCAUCAAGCGGUGUGCCAAGUAUUGAAGAACCUAGAUUCAAUGAGUUGCCUGAGGAAUACAAUGACUCUCUAGAAGAUAAAAUGCCAACUGAGAAUCUUAAAUUACCAAGUGUCAGAAACAAGAAGAUGAAUUGCAUGGAUACCAUCUUAGUUGGUGCUUUAAGGAGGGAAAAGAUGGCAGACAAUGCAGUCCAGAAGUUGGUGGCUGAAAUUGAAGACAUGAACCGCUUGGUUUGCCAAAGUGAGGAGGAUGCUGGACAAACUAAAAUGAUGCUAAGGUUUCGUGAGGAAAAAAUUAAACGACUUGAAUUGUUGACGGAUGGAAUGCUGUCGGCUGAGAAGUAUCUCAUGGAGGAGAACAAGGCUUUACUUGAAGAGAUUCAGCUGCUGCAAGCAAGAUUUGAAAGCAAUCCAGAAUUGACCAGAUAUGCUGUGGAGAACUGUAGACUUCUCGAGCAACUUAAAUUGUACCAAAAAUUUUAUGAACAUGGAGAGAGAGAAACAUUGCUAGCUGAAGUAUCAGAACUACGCAAUCAGCUUCUGGAUAUACUUCAAGGAAAACUUCCAUUCUCAACAGAAAAUGAAAAUCAGAAUAGUGAUACCAUAAAGGAAUUGGAAGAUUGCAGGAACAUGAAUUCUAAAUUGAUCAGGGAAGUAGAUGAACUACAACUAGAAUUGCGAAAGUAUAUGAACUCCAGUCAAGCUGCCUCCGGUUCUGUAAGAGAUUCUUUCUCCAAGGAUACUGAGGAAUUCAGGCAAUCAGAUAAGUAUUCGAUGGUUGAAACCCUAUCUAUGGGGAGUGACUCUGGAGAUGAAACGGCAUCUUACUCCCAGGAGGAAUGCUGCAGAGACAUGUACAUAUCAAGCAACAAGGACAAAAUAGAAAUCCAAUUGGAGGUGAAACAUGAACGUCGUUUUCUGAAAUCAGGUGAUUUACAUAAGGAAAACAAGUGUAUUAUGGAGAUUAGUGAAGACAUUGAGAGGAAGGCUUUGCAAGCUAAAUUGGACAAAAUGGUUAAGGACCUGGAGGAGGUCAGAUUACUCAAUAGCCACUUUCAAGAGGAUCAGCUAUUACAGUUGUCUCACCAGAAACAGACUGAAAUAGUCUGUGAACAGGUUGAGAUGGAGACAGCAAACACAAUUCUUCAUUUACAGGAAGAGGUUGCUGCCCUUCAGUUUGAACUUGAUGAGAGAUUACACUGCAUGAUUCAGGAAAAUAAGAUACUGAAAAACACCAUUGCAGCUAAAGAGAAUGAGAUAAGGUCACUGAGUGUGGAGUGGGAAAAGGCAACCUUUGAACUAACAAGAUUCCUCCUAGAUGGUUCUAGAUCCCUCAAAAAUGCCUCCAGCCAAAUAGAAAGUAUUGCUUGUUCGUUUCCUCAAGCUAAUGUUUGUAUUAGUGAAGAUGUCCAGAGGGCUGCCAGAGUUUGCAUGGAAAAGGAAGAAACAAUUGAACUACUACAGAAGAGUUUGGAAGAUACGCAAACGAUGGUAACAGAAAUGGGACAGAAGUUAAGUUCCUUGAAGGGAGCAGCAAUUGCUUUAAGUGAACUCCAACAUCUGGAUAAUGAUGAAACCAAAGAGGAAAUUUCCUUAUGCAUGCGGUUGGAUGAGCAGACCAACAUGGUAGAGAUGCUAGAGAGGAAACUUAUAUUCAAGGAAAUUCAGGUCAAAGAAGCAGAAAAUUGUGCCAAUGCUGCAUUCCUUGUAAUAAAAUGGCUUACGGAUCAGAAGGCGACGGAUAAAACCGAGAGAAACAUUCCCAUCUCAAUACUAGGUACACCAGCCGGACUGGUCAGCCAGAAAAGUUCUGACACAAAAGUAAAUGCUUUAGGAUUAGAAGAUGUCAUUACUGAACUUGAGUCGGCUAGGUUAGGAAUAUUGGAGUCUGAGAAUGCUAUCGAAGCAUUUUAUGCAGAUACAGAAAUGCAUAUAGUGGCCCUUGGGACCAACAUUAGUGAAGUUUCUGAUGAAUACAAGGAGUUGGUUCAAAACUUGGUAAGUGAACUUCGUGAAAUGAAGAAGAAAUAUAUGGAGUUAAGAGAGCAUUCCAAAGUUUCUCAGUUUUGUACAGUUGAGUCGCUAUCAUUAGAAGCACACAAGUAUCUGAAGUCUAAAGAUAUUUAUCACAUGAUUCUUGAAAUAAAAAAUGAGCUCACUGUAGCAAAUGGUAGAUUGAAAAUUACUGAAGAUUUCAUUUACACAAAAGUAAAUGCGUAUGAUUGCCCUUCAGCAGACAACAGUUUAGAAGAUGAAGAUGAAUGGAGUACUGAUAGUACUACAUCAAGCUGUGAUUCGUCAACCGAAAGUUUUGCUUCUGGAAACAAAUUGUGGGCAUUAGAAGGGCAAACGGGGGACCUGAAAGUUAAAGAAGGCUCAGUACUUCAGUCUGCUGAUCAAGAUCCAGAAGAGUCAAAGUGGGUCUUAAAAACUUUCACGGACUCUAAAGGAGCAACAUUCUGCCUGAAAAAGGAAUUAGAGAUGGCACUUGAUGCUUUCAACAAACUAUAUGUUAGGCUAGCCACACUCAUUAGCGAGUUGGACAUUGGAGGUCGUUCUCAACCAGCAGAGCUGAAACAACUUGUUCCAUUGUUCGAGUCGGGGACAGAGAGUUCUUAUGGUUGUCAUGCUACUACAGAAAAGGUAGUUUCUGAUGAGAAGAGUGAUUUUGCUAGUAGCUUCUUAACCAAAUUUGAAGAAGCGCAUGCAACAAUAAAAGAGGCUGAUGUUAUGUUAAAUGCCUUGAUGGAAGCAAAUGAAAAUGCAAAAGAAUUGACUGGCCUGUGGAAGCAAACUGGUGAGGAACUGAUGUUAGAGAAAGCAAGCUUUAUUGAAGAAGUUGAACAUCUCAAAACUUCAGUACAUUUGAAAGAAAGAGAGAAUGAACUACUGCAGGAUCAAUCCCGUUAUAAUUUGGUGGAGAUAGCAAAAUCAUUGUCUUUGCUUGAAGAGUGUUUUAUGCAAUUAAAAUGUGAAGUGGAGGACAGGUUCAAAGUAUUAUAUGCUGAUACUUUUUCUAUGGGAAGGGAGAUACACUGCUUCAUUAGCAAAUCAAGAUCAUUACUAGAAGAAAUAUGCGCUGAGACAUUGGAGAAAAAAUUUGCCAUGUUUGUCCUUCAUCAGUGUCUCACAGGAGAGAUGAUCCACAAAAUACCAUGCUUUAAUGUAGGAAAUGGUUUCCGCUCCAGCAGACAGCAAGAAGGCCUUUCAAUUACAAAUAAACAACAAAAAAUGUGGUCAAGUUGUGAGGAUGACAUUGUGCUUACUAGUAACAUCUCCAAAGAUGAUAAUGAUCAAAGUGGAGUCACAAAUUUGAAAGCUGGUGAGCUCAGUUUGUACCGUGAUAGUUUGAUGCACGAGAAUUUAUCACUGAAGGAAGAACUGCAACGGAAAGAUGCUCUACUGGAGGGCUUGCAUUUUGAUUUUAGAAUGUUGCAGGAAUCAGCAUCCAACACAACGGAUAUAAAGGAUGAAACUGAAAAGCUGAUAAAAUCUUUGAGCCAAAUUCAGAAUGAGCUAGAAAUGAAAAUAUGCCAGCUUGAUCACAUGCUGUUUCAACAUAAAAAGCUUGAGGAUCAUCUUACUGAUACUGAAAAGGCUCUGCUUUUAUCAAAUUCUAAUCUUGAGCAGGCCAAAGAUACAAUCAAUACUCUCUCAGAGCAAAAUUUUGAGUUGAAAGUGCUUCUAAAUGAUCUCUAUCAAAAAAAUUCUGAAGCCAAUGAACAACUGGAAGAGCAGAAGGAAGUGGUGAAAGGUUUGGAAAAAGAAAUUCUUCAUUUGACUUCUUCAAUGGAAACAAAAUUACUCUGUCAAGUUGAAGGUAUCGAGGAUGAGUUGAGAAGGGUCAUCAGCGAGAGAGACGGACUUCUUGAAGAAGUUGCGUCCCUGAACGAUAAACUUGAGAUGGCAUAUGCAAUAUCCGAUGAACAUGAGGCUAUCUCUAUUGAAGCUCGCCAGGAAUCUGAGGCAAGUAAGAUGUAUGCCGAACAAAAGGAAGAGGAGGUUAAAAUAUUAGAACGCUCUGUGGAGGAGCUUGAAUGUACCAUCAAUGUACUGGAAAAGAAGGUAUAUGAGAUGAAUGACGAGGUAGAAAGGCAUCGGUUGAUCAGAGAUGCACUAGAGCUGGAGCUACAAGCUUUAAGACACAGACUGUUAACAGUAGAAAAUUUCAGUGAAAAUGUGGACUCAGAAAACAUGAAUUCUGAACAAGCUGAAAAUCUGAUUUCUAGGCAACUGCAGAGUAGGCUACUGGAACUUCAUGAGGCUCAUAAUAAGAUAAAGCUUCUUGAAGAGGAAAGAGCAGAACAGGAUAAAGAGAUCAAACAAUGCAAAGAAUACAUCUCUGAGAUCGUGUUGCAUGCUGAAGCCCAGACGUCACAGUACCACCAGAAGUACAAGACUCUUGAGGCCAUGGUUUGUGAAGUAAAAGCAGAUAAGACAGAUUCAGCAUCAACAGCUGCGGCAUUAGAAAAAUCUGAGAGGAGCUCAAUCAGGACAAGGGGCUCCAGCUCACCAUUCAGAUGCAUUUCAAGUUUGGUUCAGCAGAUGAAUACGGAGAAGGAUCAGGAAUUGUCUAUAGCCAGGCAUCGCAUUGAGGAACUAGAGGCACUUGCAGCCAGUCGGCAGAAGGAGGUAUGUUUGCUGAACACUAGGCUAGCUGCAGCAGAAAGCAUGACACAUGAUGUCAUUCGGGAUUUACUUGGUGUCAAAUUGGACAUGACCAACUAUGCAAACUUGAUAGAGCAGUACCAGGUUCAAAAGUUAGUAGAAGAGGCUCAUCAGCAAACAGAAGAAUUCCAAGAAAAGGAGCAAGAAAUUCUCAACUUAAGGAAGCAGAUAAAUGAUCUAAUGGAGGAAAGACAGAGUUGCAUAUCCGAAAUAAAUAAAAAGGAAGGGGAUAUAGUGGCUGCCCAGAUGACUCUGCAACAACUCCAAGACAGGGAUCAGUUGCUUUCUGCACAGAACGAGAUGUUGAAGGUGGAUAAAACCAAUCUAAAGAGGAGAGUGGCGGAACUGGAUGAAAUGGUAAAAACAAUUCUUGGAACACCAACUAUACACCAGCCAAUUCAACAUCCACAUACAUCCAAGCCCAAGAAUAAUAGCUCGUUGAAAUUGCAUGAAAUUGAUUUCACCAAGAGGCUGGAACACUCUGAGAAGCAUCUUUCUCGAGUGAAUGGUGAACUUGCUCAAUACUUCAAAUCUGCAGGUGGCGGUGGCGGCGGCGGCGUUGGCGGUCAUCCACGUGACAAACGCGUGUCGCGUUAGAAACAGAUUUAUAAAUUAUAGAUAAUUACGAUGAAGUGUCACGCAAGCCCUUUGUCAAAUAGUUUUGUUGCUUUACACUCGUGUCACUCGUGUUUGUAUAUUUUGUUGCGCUAUUUAUCAGGUGUGAAAAAAAAAUUUAUGCAGACGGUCAAAUAGUUUGAUAUUUUGAUGUGGAAAAAACAAAACAAAUAUGAAGCUAGUGGUCAAUUGAUAAAAGAAACCCGAGGUAACUGUAAAA